AUGAAAAUCGACGUCCCUGAAGUAUGCUGGAGGACGCCGCCUCGCAUCACUGUUCCAAUCAAUUCCGAAAUUCACCCGUUCAAUAUCUUUGCUGUGACGAUCCUCUCAAUUGCAGUAGGGUAUGCAGGCGAAGUAGAGCACGUUGACAUUGCUGUUGAGACUGUGAAUAGUUUUGGAGUAUCCUUUACAUGGACACCUCCGCUUUCGAUCGAGCCUCGUGAUGCAGAUAACCUUCUUGCUGGCCCAGAGAGUAUCUUGCCUGAUGACGUUGCGGCUGAAGUUGCGGCUCUCGAAGAGUUGAAGAGAAUUGAAGGAGUUCAGAGCAUUGAUGAAGUUGAAGUGCUCGAGGAAAAGACUUUGGAUUUCGACGAGUUUGAUUAG